CAAAAAUUGGGCCGGGGGUGACAUGAAUAGUAACACUCUCCUAUGUAAGCUAAGACAAGGAAAGGCGGGGCUGCCAUUGAAGGAUCUGCGUCAAAGUGCGCCUGCGCGUCGCAUCCUGCGAGUGCAGUGAAUAAAUCACGACACAUCUUGGUAAAUUACAGGGUUACACCGUCACACCUUUACAUCGCUACAUCCAGCAUCGCAGGCAGGCAAACGGCAACAGAAUGUCACGGGCCACGCUUCAGCCGAGCCAACAGAAGCUGGCGGAGAAACUGACCAUCAUGAACGACCGGGGCAUCGGGAUGCUCACCCGUGUCUACAACAUCAAAAAGCAAGGACAAGUUUGGAAGGCUUGCAGUGACCCUAAAGCAAAGCCCUCCUACCUGGUCGACAGAAACUUGGAGUCUGCUGUCAAGUUCAUCGUUCGCAAGUUUCCAGCUGUGGAGACGCGAAACAACAAUCAACACCUUGCCCAGCUGCAGAAAGAGAAGUCUGAGAUACUGAAGAACUUGGCUCUGUACUACUUCACCUUUGUGGAUGUAAUGGAGUUUAAGGAUCAUGCCUGUGAUUUGCUGAACACUAUUGACGCCUCCCAAGUCUUCUUUGACAUUACUGUUAACUUUGACUUGACUAAGAACUACCUUGACCUGGUGGUGACCUACACCACACUGAUGAUGCUGAUUUCUCGGAUUGAGGAACGCAAAGCCAUCAUCGGACUCUACAACUACGCACACGACAUGACUCAUGGGUCCAGUGAUCGAGAGUACCCCAGGCUUGGGCAGAUGAUCGUGGACUAUGAGAACCCCCUAAAGAAGAUGAUGGAGGAGUUUGUCCCGCACAGCAAGUCGCUGUCGGACGCCUUCGUGUCCCUGCAGAUGGUCUAUCCCAGACGCAAUUUGUCAGCUGACCAGUGGAGGAAUGCCCAACUGCUGAGCUUGAUCAGUGCACCCAGCACCAUGCUGAACCCUGCCCAGUCAGACACAAUGCCCUGUGAAUAUCUGUCUUUGGAGACAAUGGAGAAGUGGAUUGUGUUGGGCUUCAUUUUGGCCCACACGGCAUUGAACAGUGAGCCAGUAGCCCUCAGCUUGUGGAAGCUGGCGCUCCAGAGCAGCUCCUGCCUGUGCCUAUUCAGGGACGAGGUCUUCCACAUCCACAAGGCCACCGAGGAUCUAUUUGUUAAUAUCCGCGGGUUCAACAAGCGUAUCAAUGAUAUCAGGGAAUGUAAAGAGGCAGCAUUAUCACAUGCGGGUUCCAUGCACAGGGAAAGACGGCGGUUUUUGAGGUCUGCGCUAAAAGAACUAGCCACAGUGCUAGCAGACCAGCCGGGACUGCUUGGCCCAAAGGCGCUGUUUGUCUUCAUGGCAUUGUCCUUUGCCCGGGAUGAGAUCGUCUGGCUGCUGCGUCAUGCUGAUAAUGUUCAGAAGAAGAACACAGAUGACUUCAUCGACAAGCAUAUUGCGGAGCUCAUCUUCUACAUGGAGGACCUGAGGUUCCACAUUCGCAAAUACGGCCCGGUGAUGCAGCGCUACUACGUGCAGUACCUGUCUGGGUUUGAUGCUGUCAUGCUCAAUGAGUUGGUGCAGAACCUGUCUGUUUGUCCAGAGGAUGAAUCCAUCAUAAUGUCCUCGUUCGUGAACACCAUGACGUCCCUCACCGUGAAACAGGUGGAAGAUGGCGAGGUGUUUGAUUUCAGGGGCAUGCGGCUCGACUGGUUCAGAUUACAGGCCUACACUAGCGUUUCAAAAGCCACACUUGGAAUCGCAGACCACCGUGACCUGGGCAAGAUGAUGAACACCAUCAUAUUCCACACGAAGAUGGUGGACUCGCUGGUGGAAAUGCUGGCGGAGACCUCUGACCUCUCCGUAUUCUGCUUCUACAGCCGUGCAUUUGAGAGGAUGUUCCAGCAGUGCCUGGAGCUGCCCUCUCAGUCCCGCCACUCCAUCGCCUUCCCCCUGCUCUGCACCCACUUUAUGAGCUGCACUCAUGAGCUGUGCCCCGAGGAGCGACACCAUAUUGGCGACCGCAGCCUGUCUCUGUGUAACAUGUUCCUGGAUGAGAUGGCCAAGCAGGCACGCAACCUCAUCACCGACAUCUGCACAGAGCAGUGUGCCCUGAGCGACCAGCUGCUGCCCAAAUACUGUGCCAAGACCAUAAGCCAGGCAGUGACCAAGAAAUCGAAGAAACCGCCAGGGAAGAAGGGCGAACCAGAGCUGGAGAAGCCGGGUGUGGAGAGCAUGAGGAAGAGCCGUCUGCUGGUUACUAACCUGGACAAACUGCACACGGCGCUGUCAGAGCUCUCCUUCUCCAUUAACUAUGUGUCCAGCAUGCCGGUGUGGGAACACAGCUUCACCCCCCGGGAGUACCUCACCGCACACCUGGAGAUCCGCUUCACCAAGGCUAUUGUGGGCAUGACCAUGUACAACCAGGCAACACAGGAGAUCGCCAAGCCCUCAGAGCUGCUUAGCAGUGUGCGCGCCUACAUGUCCGUUCUGCAGGCCAUCGAGAACCACGUGCAGAUCGACAUCACACGAGUCUUUAACAAUGUUCUGCUGCAGCAGACACAGCACCUCGAUAGCCAUGGCGAACCCACCAUCACCAGCCUCUACACCAACUGGUAUCUGGAGACCUUGCUGCGGCAGGUGAGCAACGGUCACAUUGCCUACUUCCCAGCCAUGAAGGCCUUUGUGAAUCUUCCUACAGAGAAUGAGCUGUCCUUCACCGCCGAGGAGUAUUCUGACAUAUCCGAGAUGAGGUCCCUGUCGGAGUUGUUGGGGCCAUAUGGCAUGAAGUUCCUCAGCGAGAGCCUCAUGUGGCAUAUCUCCUCACAGGUGGCCGAGCUCAAGAAAUUGGUGGUGGAGAACAUGGACAUUCUGACCCAGAUGAGGACCAGCUUUGAUAAGCCCGACCAGAUGGUGGCGCUCUUUAAGAAGCUGUCAUCCGUGGACAGCGUGCUGAAGAGGAUGACCAUCAUCGGUGUCAUCCUAUCCUUCCGCUCACUGGCCCAGGAAGCACUGAGAGAUGUGCUAUCUCACCAUAUCCCCUUCCUUGUGAGCUCUGUGGAGGACUUCAAAGACCACAUCCCGAGGGAAACUGACCUGAAGGUGGCCAUGAAUGUCUAUGAACUAUCUUCUGCUGCUGGUCUGCCCUGUGAGAUCGACCCUGCCCUGGUGGUGGCGCUGUCCUCUCAAAAAUCAGACAACAUCAGUCCGGAAGAAGAGUACAAGAUUGCCUGCUUGCUCAUGGUGUUUGUGGCUGUCUCCCUGCCCACCCUGGCGAGUAAUGUCAUGUCUCAAUACAGUCCAGCCAUUGAAGGUCACUGCAACAACAUUCACUGCCUGGCCAAAGCGGUGAACCAGAUCGCAGCUGCACUGUUCACUAUUCACAAGGGCAGCAUUGAGGAUCGUCUCAAGGAAUUCCUGGCUCUGGCGUCUUCCAGCUUGCUGAAGAUUGGCCAGGAGAGCGACAAGGUGGCCACACGCAACCGGGAGUCGGUGUACUUGCUGCUGGACAUGAUCGUUCAGGAAUCGCCAUUCCUCACCAUGGACCUACUGGAGUCAUGCUUCCCCUACGUGUUGCUGAGGAAUGCCUACCAUGCUGUGUACAAGCAGAGCGUGGCGUCUUUAGCGUGAGAUGGCACUGCGGCAGGCACAGGCUCCAGGAGGAUCCAUUCUAAAGCCCACAGUGGGCAAGCAUACUUUCUUCCACUCUGGCGAUGUGCUCUGUGCAUACUUUGUGCAUGAGGAGGGACAUUGUUGCCACGUCCCUGGAUUUCAUAUUGUGUAUGUGUGGGUGCGUGUGUGGUUUGUGUGAACCUGCUUUUUCAUGUGAUCUUAACUACCAGUCCACAACUGCUCGUGUGGGGCUCUGCAGAGCGGGUAGUGAAUACAAUUGACCUAAUUAACCAUCUAACCACUUUUUACCUGUUAAAUUCAUGGAGAUUACUGCACCUUCAUAACAAUGAUAAAUGUAUUUAAAGACAAAUAUAGCAGCUUGUCUGAA